AUGGACAAACCCGAUGUUGACAUGGUCGAGCGGACCGACGACCAGCAGCUGGGGUACCUCGCCGACCAGGAGGAUCAUGAGCUGGGCAAGUGGGACAGUCUGAAGAAGUACCCCUGGACAUUCGUCUGGUGUGUCUACGCUGUCUGGUGUAUCCUCCUAGUCAGCUUCGAGAACCAAGCUGCUGGCAAUGUCACGGGUAUCCCCCAGUUCCGCCAGGACUUCGGCAGCUUCUACGAGGGCAACUGGGUCCUUGAUGCCAAAUGGCAAUCUGCUUUCAACGGUGGGCCCGUCGCCUCUGCAGUCGUGGGCGCUCUCUGCUCCGGUCAGAUUGCUGAUACCUUUGGGCGAAAAUGGACCAUGUUCAUCGCCCUCCUCAUCUCAGUGGCCGCCGUGACUAUCGAGUUCAGGGCUACCACAAACGAGAUGUUCUUUGGCGGCAAGUUUCUAAACGGCUUUGCUCUUGGUGCCCUCGCAUCUGUCCCCGUCACCUAUGUUGGUGAAAUCGCCCCCCUAGCCCUCCGCGGUACCCUCACGUGCCUGACUGCAAUGGCCUACUGCAUCGGCCCAUUCAUCGUUGCCCUUAUCACCAACACGACUGGUAACUUCACGAACCGUUGGGCCUACCGCGCCAUUUUCGCCGCCCAGUACGGCUACGCCGGCGUCGCCCUCGCCUUCAUCUUCUUCAUGCCCGAAUCCCCCUGGUGGCUGGUCUCCAAGAACCGCGAAGAGAAAGCCCUCGCCUCCCUCCGCCGCCUAGGCUACAGUGACAGCCAAUCCACCAAGAAACUUGCCUCGAUAACCACAACCCUCGAGCAAGUCCGCGCCGAAACUGAAGGAGCAACCUACCUCGAAUGCUUCCGCCGCUCCAACCUUCGCCGCACAAUCAUCUCUAUCGCACCCCUCUCUAUCCAAGCCCUGUCCGGCGUUGUCUUCGCCGCUAGUUACUCAACAUACUACAUGCAGCUAGCUGGCUACAGCAAUUCCAUGUCCUUCCGCCUCCAGAUCGCGCAGCAGGUCAUGUCCAUCGUCGGCAACGCCAUGUCCUACUUCAUGAUCGACCGCCUGGGCCGCCGGAACCUCAUGCUCCUCGGCCUCUUCAUCAUGACUUGCAUUCUCAUGGUAACGGGUGGACUGGGCGUCGUCGCCUCGGAUAAAUCGAGCCCCAAUGCCGAUGGUGCAGUCAAGGGGACCGUCGCCCUCAUCCUCGUCUACUGCUGGUGGUACAACGCGACUAUCGGCGCCGCAGGCUACACAAUCCUCGCUGAGGUCUCGACGUCAAGACUCCGUGUCAAGACCAUUGCUAUUGGUCUCGCUUUGCAGAAUGGUCUGUACACCAUGUGGUCUUUUGUUCUUCCUUACCUCUUCAACCCGGAUAAAGCGAAUCUAGGCGCCAAGGUCAUGUUCAUCUUUGGUGGGCUUUCAGUCAUUUGUCUCGUGUAUUUGUGGUUCUAUCAGCCUGAGACGGCGGGAAGGACGUAUGGUGAGCUGGAUGAGAUGUUUAUGAAGGGUGUGUCACCGAGGAAGUUCAAGAGCUAUCAGUCGGAUGCGCAGGCGAUGGGUAUGGCGGUUAAGGAGGGGCGGGAGGAAAGGGAUGUUUAG